AUGGCGGACUCACUCGAUUUCCCAAUAGAGAAAUUAUCCCUAGAAGGCGGUACCUUUGACUCAGCGGCUUUCGAUGCUCGUCUCGCGGACGAAGAGGAUGGCAAGAUCGAGAACUUCCAAGCUCGGAAGCAAGCUCCUCAGAGUGCCCAAGAGUUGCUGACAGAGCUUGAAAAUGAGUUUCUAACCCCAUCAGACCAAUUCAGUACUAACUGGCUGAACACUCUCCAAAGACGAUGGGACGUUUCGACCGAUUAUGCAGAUCUUUUCGAACUCGCCCCAACACAAUCACGGACGGUGACUCGGUUCACACGAGAGGGACUGGAAGGACGCGUUACUGGAUAUAAUCAAGCCACGGUUCCUGCUGCAAGUGCAACAGCCAAAAAUUCCACCUCCCUUCUCCGCCGACCUGCUGGCCGUGCCGAAUUUGUCAGAGGUGCCGCAGGUUUCUUUCCAUUCGCUCCCGGGGGCUUGGACGCCAUCGAGUCCUUGGCAGCAAUGGAGGCCGAUGCUCAGCUCACAGAGCAAUCGAGCACCGGAAAACAAUCUGGGCUCGAUCGCAUUAUCAACUUUGGCACCGAGGGAGGUCUUCUGACGACACCCCCUGGCUUCGAUAACGGUAUCGAUUUUGACGAAGCCAAAUCCAAAGACGCUACCGAAGGUGCCCAAGAAGUCGAAACCGCCCUUCUCCAAGAGGAAAGCGACCUGAAAGUGGAUCAACCCGAGGAAAUUGCCGAUGUCGAUACAGGAGCACAGUCCGAGCUUGAUGAUCUCAGCGACGAGGAAGAUGAAGAAGACAUUGACGCUUUGUUACCGGUUGAGUUUCCGGCAUUGGAACCGCGUACCCAGUUGCUCGCAGGCGUCCACAAACAAAAGGGCAAAGAAUGGGCCCACGUUGUGGACGUCAACAAGGAUAUUCCAAACUUCAAUGAGUUGGUUCCAGAUAUGGCCAGGGAGUAUCCAUUCGAGCUCGACACUUUCCAAAAAGAGGCCGUUUACCACCUUGAGAAUGGCGAUUCGGUGUUUGUUGCGGCCCAUACCUCGGCAGGCAAGACAGUUGUGGCUGAAUAUGCAAUCGCCUUGGCUGCUAAACAUAUGACGAAGGCGAUCUAUACGUCUCCCAUCAAAGCGCUGAGCAACCAGAAAUACCGUGAUUUCAGAGCCGAAUUCGACGAUGUCGGUAUUCUGACAGGUGAUGUUCAAAUCAACCCGGAAGCCAGCUGUCUCAUCAUGACCACUGAGAUCUUGCGAAGUAUGCUGUACCGAGGCGCUGAUCUUAUCCGGGACGUUGAGUUCGUCAUUUUCGACGAGGUGCAUUAUGUGAACGACCUCGAACGAGGAGUGGUAUGGGAAGAGGUUAUUAUUAUGCUUCCAGAGCAUGUUACAUUGAUCCUUCUCUCUGCCACUGUGCCCAAUACCCGGGAGUUUGCAUCAUGGGUGGGCCGUACAAAGAAGAAGGACAUAUAUGUGAUUUCAACCCACAAGCGACCUGUUCCGCUGGAGCACUAUCUCUGGGCCGGGAAGAGCAAGCACAAGAUCGUCGACUCCAACAAGAGAUUCCUUGAGAGCGGCUGGAAGGCAGCGGAUGAUAUUCUGUCCGGUAGAGAUAAGGUCAAAGCCAUGAAGGAGGCUGAAGCUCAGGCGCAGUCGGCGCAAGCUAGGGCACCAGCCCCUCAGGGCCGGGGACGUGGUCAACCACCGAAUGUCAGAGGUGGUCGCGGCGGCCCACAGCGUGGAGGCCCGCCACGAGGCCGGGGACAGAUCGGCGGACAGUAUGCCAACCGAGGAACGGGUAACAUUGCUCGCACAGGCCGUGGCGGUGGUCGUACCAGUGCGGCCCAGGACAAAAACACCUGGGUGCAUCUUGUUUCGCAUCUUCGCAAAGAAGACUUGCUGCCGGGAUGUGUCUUCGUCUUCUCCAAGAAGCGAUGCGAAGAGAACGCGGAUUCACUGUCAAACCAAGACUUCAGCAAUGCGAACGAGAAGAGUUUGACACACAUGUUCAUUGAGAAGUCACUCACCCGAUUGAAGCCUGAGGACCGCACGCUGCCGCAAAUUCUUCGCCUUCGGGAGCUACUAAGCAGAGGCAUUGCUGUUCACCAUGGCGGUCUCCUGCCCAUAAUGAAGGAAGUUGUUGAGAUUCUCUUCGCUAGGUCUCUCGUAAAGGUCCUGUUCGCAACGGAAACCUUCGCUAUGGGCUUGAAUCUUCCCACCCGAACUGUGGUAUUCUCCGGGUUCCGUAAGCACGACGGCAAAAGCUUCCGUGAUCUUCUGCCCGGCGAAUAUACGCAAAUGGCGGGACGUGCUGGUCGUAGAGGCCUUGACAACGUGGGGUAUGUUAUCGUGACAAACAGCGGAAAAGACGAGGCGCCAUCUGCUGCCUCGCUGAAACAGAUGAUCCUUGGAGCCCCGACAAAGCUCAGGUCUCAAUUCCGACUCACAUACAACAUGAUAUUGAACCUGUUGCGUGUGGAAGCCCUGAAGAUUGAGGAAAUGAUCAAACGGAGUUUUAGUGAAAACGCAACGCAAGCUCUCUUACCGGAACAGGAGAAGCAAGUCCAGGUAUCUGAGGCCAGUCUUGCGAAAAUCAAACGGGCACCAUGUGAAAUCUGUGACCUGGAUUUGAUUGCAUGCCAUAACGCCGCCAUGGAGUAUCGAAAGCUCACAGCUGAAUUCCACGCUGAACUGCUAUCAUCGCCUGUCGGCAAACGUCUUUUCACAAUGAAGAGGUUGGUGGUGUACCGCAAGGACGGACUGCGUACCGCUGGUGUUAUCACGCGCGAUGGGGUUUCCGCGGGAGUCGUCGGGGCUGUGCCCUGCAUUCAAGUGCUUGAGAUCGGAACGUUGAGAAGCAAGCGGCACCCCACCGACAUUCUUCCAUUCUUGCCUAUGUUCCGACCAUACUUCCAACCACUCCCCAAUCGCGUCGAUGACAUGAGCCUUCGCAUAUGCAAGAUCCCGCUAUCCGAUGUCGAGUGCGUGACAAACACCCUGGUUAAGAUCACAAAACCGAUAUGGUAUCUGAACAUUAAGAAAGAGUCUAUCAAGUGGGCUGAAAAGGAACUGUGUCAGUACACUAGCUCUUGGAUCGAUACGGCCUGGGACGAAAUCGAUUGGCAACGUAUCAAAGAGAUGGAAAUCCGCGAUAUCCUCGACAAACGACAAGCUCAGGCAGAGAUUGCUCAGUCAUGCCACUGUCUACAAUGCCCUGAUUUCGUGAACCACUUCGAGAUGCAACACGACGAGUGGCAAGUCAAAGAAAACAUCUCGGAGCUGAAGCAACUGAUGUCGGACCAAAACCUUCAACUACUUCCGGAUUAUGAGCAGCGCAUUCACGUGCUGAGGGAGCUCGGCUUUGUUGACGAGCAAUCCCGUGUACAACUGAAGGGCAAGGUGGCGUGCGAGAUUCACUCCGCCGACGAGCUGGUACUGACCGAGUUGGUCCUCGAGAAUGUUCUUGCUGAAUACGAACCGGAGGAGAUUGUUGCACUCCUCUCCGCAUUUGUAUUCCAGGAGAAGACAGAGAGCACCCCUACCCUCACUCCUCGUCUGGAGAAGGGCCAGAAGGAGAUCGUUCGUAUCGCCGAGAGAGUGAAUGAUUUCCAGAUCCUGCACCAAGUCAUUCAGUCUAGUGAGGAUGCCAACGACUUCGCCAGCACGCCACGCUUUGGUCUCGCCGAGGUUGUUUAUGAGUGGGCCAAGGGAAUGUCUUUCAAUCGCAUCACAGACCUCACGGACGUGAUGGAGGGUACUAUUGUUCGGGUGAUCACCCGACUGGACGAGACUUGUCGCGAAGUGAAGAAUGCGGCCAAAUUGGUCGGCGACCCGACCCUUUACACUAAGAUGCAGCAGGCUCAGGAGUUGAUCAAGCGCGAUGUCAUCUUCGCGGCCUCUCUUUACAUGUGA